GGGACAUUCUGCGCGCGAGGUUGUCGCGUGGUGCGCGCAGGUGGAGCCGCGGUUCCGGCGCACUCGUCGCAUAUACACCGGCCAGGUACCCAGCGAGGAGCCAACUAGCGUCUCGGCGAAGGGAGCGCUCCGAGUGCCCGGUAGCCGCGGCUCGCGGCGGUGCUCGCCGUGAUGGAUGAACCGUGGUGGCAAGGGCACGUCGCCGCCGACGUCCACUGCAGCCUGCGCGAGAAGGAAAUGAAGCUGCCCGCCUUCCGAGCCCACUCCCCGCUGCUGAAGAGCCGCCGGUUCUUCGUGGAUACUUUGACUCUGCUGAGCAGCCACUGCCAGCUGUGUCCCACAGCCCGGCACCUGGCCAUCUACCUGCUGGACCACUUCAUGGACCGCUACAAUGUCACCACCACCAAGCAGCUGUACGCCAUAGCCAUCUCCUGCCUCCUGCUUGCAAGUAAGUUUGAGGACAGGGAAGACCGUGUACCCAAGCUGGAGCAGAUCAACAGCACGAGGAUCCUGAACAGCCACAGCCUUGGCUUCACCAAGAAGGAGCUGCUGAACACAGAGCUGCUGCUUCUGGAGGCCUUCGGCUGGAACCUCUGCCUGCCCACGCCCGCCCACUUCCUGGACUACUACCUCUCAGCCUCCAUCAGCCAGAAGGACUACCACUGCCACACCUGGCCUGCCACCUGUUCCCACAAGACCAAAGAAUGCCUCAGGGAGUUUGCCCAUUACUUCCUGGAGGUAACCCUGCAAGAUCACGUAUUCUACAAAUUCCAGCCUUCCGUGGUGGCCGCAGCCUGCGUGGGGGCCUCGAGGAUCUGCCUGCAGCUUUCCCCCUACUGGACCAGAGACCUGCAGAGGAUCUCAAGCUACUCCCUGGAGCACCUCAGCACGUGCAUCGAACUCCUGCUGGUUGCCUAUGACAAUGUCCUCAAGGAUGCUGUGACAGUCAAGAGCCAGACCUUGGCAAUGGUUCCUGGCACACCCUCCACCCCCGCCCAACUACUGUUCCAGCCUGCCGCCUACCCAGCCCUCAGCCAGCCCACUGCCACCCUUGCACAGUUCCAGGCCCCUGUGCCGGACAUGAGCUUGGCCUGUCGGGACUCCCACCAUCCGGGAAGCCUGCUCCCUGGGGGCAGCAGCUCAUCCCUGCAUACCCCCUUCUCCGCCCUGCAGCCCCUGGAGGUUUGUCCUGUGCCCGUGCCCGCCUCCCUGAGCAUGCAGAUGGCCGUCGCAGCCGAACCCAGGCACUGCCUUGCCACCGCCUAUGGAAGCAGCUACUUCAGUGGCAGCCACAUGUUCCCCACCAGCUGUUUUGACAGAUAAGCCACCUUGACGCUACGUGGGAGACCCUUGUGAAGGGAGCGACCGGAGGCGGAGAGCUCGGCCAAGCAGGGCAACCCAGGAGGCCAUCCCCAAAGACCCUCACGGGCCUCUGGACAGGGGCUCCAUGCCCUUUCUGAUUAAAGCGACCUGGGCGAAGCAUUCGAUGACAUACCUCACCCAAGAGCCUCCCUCUGAGAGACGCCUUACACGUGUGGCUUCCAGCGUGACUGGAGAAAGGAGUGAACAGAGGUCAGCGGCUUGGGGACUGGCUGGCAGUCACUGGAGCGCAGGCGCGUCCUCUUUGUUGACAGCACCUGCGCCCAAGGGUGUGGGCGGCCUGGUUUGUUCUCAGGGCCCCUGCAGGACACAGGCUUGGGUGCUUUUCUUUCCAGGGUUUUGUCCAGAGGGGCCUGUGUCUCCGUGGGGACCCGAGUCUCUGCCUGGCGAGGCCCAGUGGGCUCUUCUUCCUGCCUUUGUUGUCGGACCUCAGAGCUUUCUGGGCCUUUAGAAGUUUUCCCGUGCUGCUACUGAGUCCCAAAGUGACCUAGCCUUCUGUCCAUUGAGGUGUUUACAUACUAUGUCAGGGACUAUGUGAUACUUGAAGUAUUUCUUAAAAGAAGGAAAAAGAAAAAAGAAAAAACUACUUCACUGCCACACAGCCUGUCCCAUGUGAUGGCUGUCCUGAGUUUUGGCUUUAACCGGGCUUGGGAUGGGCCUGUCAACAACUUUGACAAAGGCAUGCAGUUGGGAGAAUCACUUUUUGGGGUCUCCAUUCCAGAAGAUUCUGCAUUGUAAAUGCCGUGUUCACCUGUCCAACUUUGAUCACCACUAGGUUGGGUUAGGGAGGGAGGAGGUUGCUGAAGGGAAAGGAAGGGUUUGAAGCAAGUAAUUCCUACCUCCCUGCUCUCCAUGCUGACAGUGUGUGAGUGCAGAUCCUGGCUCAGCCUUGAGUUUGACCACAAGUGAAAGGUAACAGUGUGGAAUAUUUGUUUAGCCUGGCCAGGAUGUGGGGGACAGGGCUGGACGUGGAAAGGUGACACUGCUGCUG